CUCUUUCGUGUCCGGCCGAGAAAACGAGGGACGAUGCGCGCGCGGCGGCGGCAUCAGCACUCAGGCGCCCGAAAAGCACUGGGCGUUCGGCUGUUCCGCUGAUGUGCGCGAAGGCACAGGGGGCCGCGCCGGGCCCGGCUCGAAGCCACCGCAAGUGAGGAGCGAGGAAGGCACGGGGGAACCGGAACCGACCGGACCAUGAGGUUCCGCAUCUACAAGCGCAAAGUGGUGGCGCUGCUGCUGGUCUUGGGCGCCGCCGCCUGUGCCCUAGUGCUUUGGGGAGGGACUAGCGAGGCUGGCGGCGGCAAACUGGAAGAACCCGCGUCCCCGCUGCCCCCGGGAAAUCGGCCGUUGCCACCGGCCGUUACCAGCAGCAACCUUCCUGUUAGCGGUCGUCUCUCCAAUUCGUCUUCGCGGGAAGAGGCGCCGGGGCUGAAUCGCACCCUGCACUACCGGUCGCUGGUGUACCGGCUCAACUUCGACCAGCCGGUGCGCAACGAGGCGCGCUGGCGGCCUGGCGGCGCCGGCACCGAGGAGGUGGCCGUGGCGCUAGUGGUGCAAGUGCACGAGCGCGCCGAUCACCUCCGGAUUCUGCUGGACUCGCUGCGACGCGCGCCCGGCGUGGAGAAGGUGCUGCUGGUGCUCAGCCACGACGUGUGGUCCGCCGAGUUAAAUGCGCUGGCCGCCUCCGUGGACUUCUGCGCGGUGCUGCAGAUUUUCUUCCCGUUCAGCCUGCAGCUCUAUCCGGGCGAAUUCCCAGGCACGGACCCACGCGAUUGUCCGCGCGACGCGGGCCAGGUGGCAGCGCUGCGCUCGGGCUGCCUCAACGCCCAGUACCCCGAUGCCUUUGGCCAUUACCGUGAGGCUCGUUUCGCCCAAACCAAACAUCACUGGUGGUGGAAGCUUCACUUUGUGUGGGAGCGGGUGCGUGCGCUGCGGGAACACCCGGGCUUGGUGGUCUUCUUGGAGGAGGACCACUACCUGGCACCUGAUUUCUACCACGUCCUGCAGCGCCUCUGGGCCCUGCAACAGCAUGACUGCCCUGAGUGCCAGUUGCUGUCCUUGGGCACCUACGCCACUGUGCGUGGCAGCUUUGCUGGCCGGGCUGACAAGGUGGAGUUGAAGACGUGGAAGUCCACAGAGCACAACAUGGGCAUGGCCUUUACUAGGGACACAUACCAGCAGCUUAUUGCCUGCACUGAUGCCUUCUGCACCUAUGACGACUACAACUGGGACUGGACUCUGCAGUAUUUGACUGUGGGAUGCCUUCCUCAUUUCUGGAAGGUGCUGGUUCCAGAGGUCCCCCGAAUCUUUCACACCGGUGACUGUGGCAUGCACCACAAGAAGUCUUGCCAACCUUCUGUUCAGAGUGCCAAAAUUGACUCUCUCUUAAAUAGCAAUCAACAAUAUUUGUUUCCUGGAACCUUAACUAUUAGCAAGCGGUACUCAGUCACCCCUUUGAGCCCCCAUGUGAAAAAUGGGGGUUGGGGUGAUAUUCGAGACCAUGAACUCUGCAAAAGUUACCGAAGAUUACAGUGAAAGAGGGAACAAUGAGCCUUUUUCUCUGUUGGACUGACUAGUCUUUUAAAUCCGUAAACAUAAAAGAAAAUUUUUGAUUUUGCUUCUAGUUUAAUAUGGACAGCAAUGAUUACGGAAGAUGUCAUUUGGUAAUUAAUUUUGGAGGCAGAAGGAUUAUGUGGAGCAAUGCUCAAAAUAAAAACUAAAUGUCUACUUGUUUACUGGAAAAAAAUGAGUUUUUUUUUUUAAUCUAGUCCGUUUUAUAAGGUGUUCCCUACAUCUUCAAACUGUUUU